GUAUUUUUCCUUGAUUUCUAGUUUCGGACAGAAAGUUCCAAAAUUUGACAUGUACUUUUGUCUUUGGUGGGUCCCCGUUACUGAGACUUUAUCACAAGAAGAAGGUUUUUGCUUCAGUCAUUCAGAUUCUCACUCUAGGUGCCAUGGAAAACCUCAGCCAGAAAGACCCUGGAAAUUCAUCGCCAAAGCUUACCCUGUAUUCUUACUGGCAGAGCUCUUGUGCAUGGCGUGUCCGCUUUGCUCUAAACCUCAAAGGACUUUCCUAUGAGUACAAAGCAGUGAACCUUGAAAAAGGAGAACAAUUUUCUCCAGAGUUUGAACGAUUAAAUCCUCUUCAUUAUGUACCGGUGUUGGUUGAUGGUGAUGUGGUGGUCUCAGACUCUUUUGCAAUAUUGCUGUAUUUGGAAGAAAAGUAUCCUCAAAAGGCAUUGUUGCCAGAUGAUAUUCAGCAAAGAGCUCUGAAUCUGCAGGCUGCCAGUAUCAUCACCUCUAGCAUGCAACCUCUUCAUAUGGUGUCAUUGCAGAAAUAUAUGGAAGAAAAAAUCGGUCCUGGAGAGCCAUUAUUGUGGAGUCAAUCUAUUAUCGAGAAGGGUCUGCUUGCUCUUGAGAGGUUGCUCAAAGAUUUUGCAAGCAGAUAUGCCACUGGAGAAUCCGUGUUCAUGGCUGAUGUUUUUCUUGCUCCACAAAUAGCUGUGGCCUCAAUGAGAUUCAAAAUUGAUAUGUCCAAGUUCCCAACCUUGGCUAGGAUAUAUGAAUCAUACAAGAUCUUACCGGAGUUUGCAGCUUCACUCCCGAUAUCACAACCUGAUGCAGUGCAUUAGCUUUGGUUUUCAUCUUGAACAGAAUUAAGGCAAGCCAACAACAUUUGAAGCACACCAACUUAAUUGGUCCCAACACCUGCUAUCUUGUGGCGAGUAUGCAUCCAGCGUAUUGCACUAUUUAUGCGUUACUUUUGCAAGUUGUUGUACUCAAAAUAAUAUUUGCACUAUAAAUUGCACAUGCCAUGAUUGAAAAGUUAUGUAAAUGAAUUUUCAGCGGUUGGAUGAGGGUUUUCAUUUUGAUCUUAGCUGAAAAAUCAUGUCCGCCAUAGACGUAAUCAUGUAAUCUUAUUAGUUAGUAUUUCUUUACUGUUUAAAACACUUUUAAUGUGAGAAUCAUAGAAGAUAGUACAUUCUAUAAUUUCA